AUGAAUCUACGUCGAUCGAUUCCUCCUCUUCUGUUCUACUUACCCUGUGCAAGAUUUUUCAAAACCCUAAACCUGCUUCGAAUUAGCAACAAAUUGUCCAUCAUAUCACAUGAAUCUCUUCUCAUCUUCAAUCACUAUAACCAACGCUCAAUGACCCUCCAUGUUAGAUCUUCAAAAUCCAUCGUCACCACUGGAAAACACAGCUUCAAUUUCAUAAAGGUUCGUUUAACUUUCUUAUCGAAAUCUUUUCAUCAAUCUCAGAACUACCCAUUUGUCAAAACCAAUACCCAGAACUGUACAAAUAAUAGUAUCGAUUGCACCGAGUUUCAUUUCAAAAACCUCAUAUUUUCAGCGAUUGAAAGAAAUUAUUGGGCAUUUUGUUACAAUACUAAACCGGGUCCUAACCCGCUUCAGGAUAGAUUCCAAGCAGUGAUAUUUGAACCCGAAUUGUUUACUAGGGUUCUUAGUUCAAUCAAAGAACACCCCAGGAUUGCUCUUAGGUUCUUCCAUUGGGUGGAAAAACAACCAGGCUUUACGCCUUCAGAUAAUUCGUUUAUUGCUAUUCUUGAGAUUCUCGCGGAGAGCAAUCUGAUGAAUCGGGCGUAUCCAGUGAUGGAAAAAAUGGUUUGUGGGAAUUUGAAUGGGGUUGUGAAUUCUUUAAUCGAUGGCAAUCUGAAUGCAAAUAUUGCAGCUAAGCUGCUCGACUUUAUGCUCUUUUUCUUAGCUAAGAAAGUCAUGGUCGAGCAAUGUUUAUGGGUUUUUAAUAAAAUGGUGGAAAGCAAGUUCUUGCCAGACGUGAAGAACUGCAACAGGAUUCUUAAGAUGCUUAGAGAUAAGAAAUUAGUUCACAAAAGAAAACAAGUUUAUAGUAUGAUGAAUGUGUAUCACAUUGAGCCAAACAUCAUAACAUACAAUACUUUGUUGGAUUCGUAUUGCAAAGAGGGAGAAGUGGGACAAGCAUUAAACCUUUUGGAAAAGAUGCAAACAAAAGGCUGUGAACCCAAUGAUGUUACUUAUAAUGCAUUGAUUAGUGGGAUGGUGAAAAUAGGCGAUUUUGAUCAAGCAAAAGAGAUGCUUUCUGAGAUGUUAGUUUUGGGCUUGAAGGUAUCAUCAUACAGUUACAAUCCCUUAAUUCGUGGGUAUUGUGAGAAAGGCUUAAUUGAAGAAGCAGUCAAUCUUGUUGAAGAAAUGGUGAUUGUAGGAGCUUCACCAACUGUACAUACAUACAACAUUCUCAUGUAUGGAUUAUGCAAACAAGGAAGAAUCGUUUAUGCUCGCCAACAACAUUCUAUUAUGCUAAAAAACAGUUUAAUGCCCGAUAUAGUUUCAUACAAUAUUUUGAUUUAUGGGUAUUGUCUUUUGGGGCGUAUAAAAGAAGCUUUCUUGUUGGUAUCCGAGUUGAGGCGUAGGGAUCUUUUUCCCACAAUGAUUACCUACAACACCCUUAUGCAAGGGCUAUGUGGAAGUGGGAACAUGCAAAAGGCAAUGGAGCUCAAGGGCGAAAUGGUAAAUCUUGGUUUUCCUCCCGAUGUUUACACUUACACGAUAUUGGCAAACACUUGUCACAAGAUGGGUGAUUUGGAAAUGGCAACAAAAACUUAUCAAGAAAUGAUUAGACAUGGUUUGCAGCCUGAUCAAUACGCGUACAUCACUCGAAUAGCAGGAGAACUGAAACUUGGUGAUACCAAAAGAGCAAUUGGUUUACUAGAAAUCCUUGAAAAACGUAUUGGGCCAAAUUUAAUCACAUAUAAUGUGUUUGUACAUGGUCUUUGUAAGGAUGCAAAUGUCGAAGGAGCUAAUGAGUUGAUAAAACAAAUGGUUAGUAAAGGCUUUGUUCCUGAUCAUUUCACAUAUACAAGUAUUAUUUGCUCACAUUUGGAAUCUGGGAAGAUUCAGAAAGCCAAAGACUUGUUUAAUGAAAUGCAAAGCAAAGGGGUGGAUCCUACGGUUGUGACGUACACCGUGUUGAUACACGCACAUGCGGUUACUGCAAGGGUAGAAUGGGCAUUAAUGUAUUUCAUGGAGAUGCAAGAGAAGGGUAUCAUGCCAAAUGUGAUUACAUAUAAUGCAUUGAUCAAUGGUUAUUGCAAAUGUAGACGUAUGGAUCAAGCAUAUAGAUAUUUUUCUGAAAUGGAAGCGAGGGGUUUAGUUGCUAAUAAAUAUUCUUAUACCAUUUUGAUUAAUGGGAAUUGUGAUUUGGGGAAUUGGAGUGAGGCUUUGAGGUUAUAUACAGAGAUGGUGGAUAGAGGAAUUGAGCCUGAUUCGUGUACACAUAGUGCAUUGUUGAAGAAAAUAGGUUUGGAUUCAAAAGCUGAUGCAGUUCGUUAUCUUGAAAAUGUGGUUCUUGGUAAUGAGGAGAUUUGUGAAGCAAAAUCUGUUUCCUAUUUAUAG